GCUAAAUAUACUAAUAGAUGGUAGCGAACCAAAUAGUAUUUCCGACGCCACUGCCGGCCGUUUACCUUCCGCGUCGCCUCUCCCUUUCUUUUCCCCUCUCCGCCGCCUUCCCACUCCACCGGACCACCACCCCGACCGCGACGCCUCGCGCAAGCAUCGACACCGGCGACCACCCCACCGCCUCCGCCGACCAUCCCGAGUCUGGACAUUACAGGUUUGUUGAACAAAGAACCAUGGAAGGGUCAUUCCAGUUGAAUCCAAAUGCCAGUCCUUUCAUACCUCCAUCCCUGAGUUCAUUUGCAUACAAUGCCCCAGAGACACAAGCAGAUCUUAACAUUUCUGCAGAGUCAUCAUCGAAGGGGUAUCCUUCUUGUGGCACUUUUGAUCCAUCACAGUCUGAGGAAAAUGACAUGGACCCACUUGCUCUGGCCAAAUUGGUCUUUUUGAUGUUCCCAAACGUCUCCACAGACUUCAUUGAUGAGUUACUCAAGGCGAAUGAAUUUGACAUGAAUCUGACUAUUGAUAUGCUUCAUGAGCUGAACUCACAAGAUAUGCUCCAUGAUGAUGCUGAAUUGUGCUUGCCAACAUUCCCAGAUGUCAAUGACCUGCAUGAUGGCCUGGGCCUACCUGGUGGUGAUAAUCAUCAUGCUGAGGUGUCGGAGAGUAGCAAUAAUCUCAAUCAAGCUCUGCAGUAUGAGAAGUCAGCAACAACUUCUGAUGUGAAAUCUGUCGUACCAAAAAUCAAUUCGCUUCACAAUGUCCUGGGCCUACCUGAUGAUGAUAAGUCAGUGGGGACUUCUGUUGCAAAAUGAUCUUACAUAUCAAGAAGCUCUGUUUGAUUUGAAUUACCAUAUUCUGAUGUACAUGUUAAUCGCACCCAGAAGUGUUGGCUUGGACGACAGAUGUGGAAGCAACGGUUCCUUUUCCGUUUGCAUGAUUAGUUUGCUUUACUGGUGGUCGUACUAAGUUUUACAUUCCUUGCUUAGCUCAUUUGGACAAAGUAGUCUGCUGUUUCUGGUGGUCAUCUGAGUUGUACAUCUCUUGGUUAGCUCUUUUGGGCUUCGGUACUCAGUUUCAGCUAGUUAUGUGGUCCGAACCCGGCAACUUGUGCUGCGACAGGUGACAGCUCUUGUGUGUGAUAUUAUGCAAGUGCUAUCCAUAUUGCGCGUGGUGCUUUUGUACCAGAUUACCAGUCAUAUAUAAAUAUUAGCUUACCAGACCA